CCGGGGCAGCGACGCAACGCAUAUUCCAACUUGGAUUAUCUCCGUCGGUAGUCAAUCUGUGGCCGGGUGAAGGUGGAAAAUCCCAGGUCUGUAAAGAGCUAGGAGGCGGCCCUUCAGCAUCCGCCAGUCGUCGUCCUCGACCCGACCAUCUCCGAUCGCGCCGUCGUCGUCGGCAACCAUGUCGGCACUCAGACAGAGGGCAGCACGGCUUGCACUGCAGUUCCGGACCGUCAGGCCGGGUACCGCCAGGAAUACCAGGUCCUAUGCUUCAGACCAUGGGCACCAUGAGGCACCGCACGCGGUCGAGGAAUCGCUCGGGCCUGCGUUCUACAUUACGCUUGCAACGUUCACCGGCUCCAUCUUUGUCUAUUCGAUUUCGCGGCCCGGUGAGAACGGCGAGUCGACGAUUCACAGAUGGCUUCGGAAAAUCUCAGAUUACGGCACCGAGUGGGAAACCAGGAACCACCUGAUGACAGCGGCCCUCGAGCAAGCCGCCCACGACAAGCACCUGCUGUAUGGCGCCGAGCGGAGCAGGCACUACGAGCUGACCUACCCUGAGGUUUUCACACACGGCUCGCCUUUCAACGUCCCGGCCGGCCAUUACGCCAAUAUCGACAAGGUCGUUGCGCACUACAAGAAGCAGUACCACGAAGACGAGGCCCGCAAGGCGAAGAAGUUGGCUGCGGCUUCCGAAACUUCCCAGUAGCGUG